AAUUCUUUGACUGAGACGAAAGAGCAGAGAAACACAGUGGAAAGGGGCGGAAGCUCUGCCCUCUGCUCCUUCCCCAAAAUUUCAGUGAAAAACGAAGAAAGAAACUUAAAAGAAAAGGAUUCUUGUUAGACGUUGUCGGAGACCAAGAACAACUGAACAUUUUCAAGUGGAAGUCCUGGUGACUGAUCAGUAAAGAGGUGUACAGCCAUGCUUGCCACUGCAUCAGUUGUUGGCAGUUUGAUCUUCAUUAACAACAGGAGAUUGGUUGAAAUUUUCCCUGAAAGGAUACGGAAUUUUUGGAAUGAAUGGGAGCUUCGUGGAGCAGUUAUUGUCAGCCUCUCCGUGCAGAUGGUUCUGAUUGUAUUAGGAAGCAGAAGAAAGUACAUAGCCAGAGAUUGGCUAGCAUUCAUCCUGUGGAUUGCUUACCUGUCAGCAGACUGGAUUGUAAAUCUUUCACUUGGUGUUCUCUCCAACAUGGACUCAAGCAAUGAGAAUGGUUCACUGGAUACAAAGUAUGUGAUAAUGGCAUUUUGGGCACCGUUUCUUCUUCUGCAUCUUGGUGGUCCAGACACCAUCACAGCCUAUUCAUUGGAAGAUAACGAAUUAUGGAUGAGGCAACUGCUUGGUCUAAUUGUUAAGUUUGGAGGGGCAUUUUAUAUCUUAAUAAGGUCAUGGAUGGGAAAUCCAAUCAACUUUCUAGCAGUUCCAAUGUUUGUUCUUGCAAUAAUUAAGUGUGGGGAGAGGAUUUGGGCUCUACGAUUUGCAAGCAGUGAUCAGUUUAGGAAAUGCAUGCUUCCUCAGCCUGAUCCAGGAUAUAGCUAUGCUAAAUUCAUGGAUGAUUAUAUUUCAAAAAGAGCUGAGGGUUACAAUGUGUCGUUGGAGCCUGUGAUUGAGGAAGCUUCCAUUGUGCUUGGCCAGUCUUGUAAAGCUGCAGCAAACAGCAUUGUUCCUGAUGCUGUCGUCUUGCAUGAUGCUGCAUAUUUCUUCAGCAUUUUCAAACGAUUAUUUGCUGACCUUAUCCUCAGCUUCCAGGAUAUCAGUUUAGGAAAAUGCAUGCAUUCCUCAGCCUGA